GAGCUGACUGACAGGUAGCUAAAGACGACAGAUAGCUGGUGAGUGAAUCACACGGGUAUACGCUCACAACAGCAAUUGUGUGUUUGGAAUGUACUGCUACCUUUUGUGGAGGGCUCCUUCCGCCACUGCCCAAUCUGUUUGUGUACGAGGGGCUGUUUGACGCGUGAGAGUGCCACCAGAGUGGCAGCCUGGAGUGCUGUGUCCGGCUGCAGUUGUCCAAGGAGUGCAUCAGGGCAUGUCAAGUGUUGUGCACAAGUCGUCCAAAAAUAUGGAGCCCUCAGUUAUAAAAAGAAGGCGGAGUCAAUAUCCACGUGGUUAUUAUAAAGGGGGCAACAGAAGCAACAGCUGCUCUUGAUGUGGUAACCAAGGAUACCACGUGUAGGGUGUCUGAAGACCAUGGCAGCAUCGAAUAUCACACAAAAUCUACUUAACUUCUUCAAGAAAGCAAGUCUACAUUAACCUCAGAAGCUGAUCUGUAACAAAGUCCCCCAAUCUGUGGAUAACCCUUUUCUCCAAAAAACCGGAUCUACAGAUUUUGUCGCCAUAGCAACAGAUCUACAGAUUUUGUGUUCAUAGCAACAGAUCUACAGAUUUUGUGACCAUAGCAACAGAUCUACAGAUUUUGUGACCAUAGCAACAGAUCUACAUAUGUUGACUCCACAACAACAGAACUGCAAAUCUUUGUCUGUAGCUACAGAUCCUUGUCUACAAAUCAGACAACUCCGAUUUUAGGAACCCAUUCUCUCCAUGAACCUAUUUAAAGUCUGUAAGAAGUUAUUACUUAGAAAGUAACCUGAUGAAUUAUUAGUUCUAAAAUUCCUUUGCACGUUGUUACUGUCCACAUUUGAUGUUCAUAUGUGGAAAUAUAGACACAUCAUAUUUACAUAUCAAUGAUUCCAUACGGUAUUGUCAGGGUUUAUGCCAAAUAGUUGUGAUCCAAAAAAUAAUCAUGUUUCCAUAUUUUUACACACUAAUCAUUCCAUACAGUGACUUCUAACCCUCAAGCCAAGAAGUUCUUGAAUUGUUAGUUUCUUGUUUUUGCAAGGAUGUGUUAAUCAUUCAUGUUCCAUGAAAGGGAAGACUUUGCCAAAGACUUGUCAUUGAUUAACUCGUGUGGACAAAUUAACUGCACUCAGUCUGUCAAUCCUGUGUGAUUGAUUACUGAACUUACAUGCAAAACUUAUUCAUCUUUUGAUGAGUAAGUAAUUUGUUACCAGGUGCUGAUACUCAAGAACAAUAGGGCUCCCAUUGUCAAGGACUGGUGUAUUUAAGCCCAAGGGAUCACUAUUUGUGCGUUGUUUAAUAGUGGCAUCAGCUCAGUCCCUAGCUGUUGUAUACAUCGAGUUAGAGACUAAUGUUCGUGAUUGAAGGCUCCUGUUUUACGAGUGUGUUUAUGGGACAUAGCUGAAGGUCCGGAUACUGAUGGCUGACAACUGUUUUUCAUUGGUUGCUUAGAGCAUUGAUAUUGGCUUGUGAUGAUAGAAGCUUUGUUGACUUUGUGAUAAAAAUGUGAUAAAAACAGACCAUAUCAUUGACUCAAUUAUUCAACAAGCUCUGAUAUCCGGCAGAUAUUAUCCGAAUGUGUGUUUCAUUUCCUUGGAGAAAUUUGCCGUCUGCCCUAAUCAAGAUUAGAUAUAUAUUGGUGUGUGAUUGGCACGUUAAAUCAACAUUGCCAGCAAGGAACAAACCAAAGGUGAUUAAAUGGGUAUGAAUUAAUCGUAACCUAGGCAACAGACUGACUGAAUACAGAGUUUGCUGUUUAGACAGUGAGAUUACCCUCACAGAUGAAACAAUGGCAACAACUCACCUAUGACGGAACUCGACAAUAUCGUGUGGACUACUGCUGUGAGGAUUAUGUUUGAAGCCUGAGAUGGGUACUAAAACAAGAUUGUGUUUCAUUUUGUGUCCUUGUGUUUCGUAUGGAUUAUAUUGACAACGGUGUAUGUUAUGGAUUCGCAGUAAAUUGGUUUCGAUUUAUUGAAAACCUUUUUCUGACAAUGACACUGACGUGACCCCAUGGUACGUCUGUGACUUCAUUAGUUGACAUUGUUGAGCGUCAUUGUAAGACGGGCUUGUCUUGAACCCGGACAAAGGAACUCUGUGACACAGCACAAGCAACCAGAUGGUGAUCGACUUACGGUGCUGUCAGACGAGAUAUACCAUGAUGAGAGUUAUCUCCCUCUACUCAAGACAUCUAUACUCUGUGGCGUUGUGACAGUUGGCGCUGUCAUGAAGUCGUCACUUGUUCUGGUGGCGCUGGUGUCGGCGGUAUUCUGCCGUUGUUUCCACAAACAACCAGAGUACUACCAGCACCGGUCCCUGUAUCACAACGAGAAGAACCUGUCCAUCAUCCUGGAGGGCAGCAACAGGUUCACCCACAUGGUGGCCAACGCCAUCCUCAAGAUCCUCCUGGCCGAGACGAUGGGGUACUCCGUCAAGGUCAACAACCAGAACUCCAUCAACGCCACACAAAUACUCAACAGAAUCAUCGGAUGCCCAAACCUCCAACAGUGCAGCUUGCAGCAGAUUAGCAAGGACUCCAUUCCGGAGACCAUGGUGAACUUGGAGGUCUGGAUGCCGGCUGCAUUUAAUGAGGCGCCAUGGAUCAACACUGGGCAGGUGUUGGACUGUGGGCCGUUCGGGCCCUCGGGGAGGAGGCUGGGCUGGUUCCUGGACACACACACUGUGCAAGAGUUCUGGAAGAAUGGUACCAUUAUUGACCACUGGAGGGCGCUGCAACUCCCUAUGGUUGCUGAGACAUUUCAUUGGAUGGACAAGUUAAACAUGUCAAAACAUAUAAAAAUGAACAAUAUUAAAAUAUUUCAUGGUCCUCAGUGUAGAGGGGAAGGAGCAGAUAGUAUCAAGUGUGCCACGAUGUUUUCGAGCUAUCAGGAUUUGUCUGCCGAGGUUAUUAAAGAGCAAGUUAAGAGACUCGACUUACUAGUGGAUAUAGUAUGGUUAGAAGGAAAUCUGAAUAAUUUUGUUAAGGAACAGUCCGAGAAUAAGGCCCCGCUGUUGCUAUUCAGCUGGCACCCAAGCGUCAUCUUGGCUUGUAAUAAUUUUACACGAAUUAAAUUACCUCUCUGUAAACACGAUGCUUUCAAUUUACCGUAUGAUUGUGAUUUCAAUGUAAAUCAACUUAAUAAAGUUGUAUGGCAUAAAAUCAAAAGUAAUGCUCCUAAGGCUUAUGAUCUCAUAUCGAAAAUGACGUUUUCACAAGACGAUUAUGAUCACAUCUUAGAAUUACAUAACCAAAACGUGACUGCGACAGCAGAUGAUAUUGCAUGUAAGUGGAUUAACCAUCACAAUGCCACCUGGAAGACAUGGAUGCCAAAGGACUUGUCCAACAAGACCAAAAUCUACCUCGGGGGGUUGUUUCCCAUAUCUGGAGAGGUUUGGACGGCCCCCGGUCUAGUGGAAGGGGGCCGGUUAGCUAUUGAAAUGGUGAAUAAGGACCCCCGAAUUUUACCGGAACACCAUCUGGAGAUGCUUGUGAGUGACACCCAGUGUAUUGCAGACGAGGCCAUGAGGGCUUUCAUCAAAUUCAUCACCGAGAAAACACCAACUUCGCCCAUGGCGGGAAUAUUAGGUCCAGGGUGUUCUGACACAGCGGUGCCCAUCGCCGCUCUCUCCAAACACUUCAACAUGGUGCUGGUGAGCUAUGGUGCGGAGGCUGCCUCUCUCACAGACAGGGCCAAAUAUCCAUACUUCUUCCGCACCAUCCCACAGAUCAACUAUCACAGGUUUCUGUACGGGAAGCUAUUCAAAGAAAUGGGCUGGGAGAACGUAGGUGCACUGGCUGAGGGCGGCCAGGAGUUGCCGGACUACCACAUACAGCUCCAGUCAUACCUUCAGAAGCAGGGCAUCUCCGUCAUCGUCAAGCGCCAGAUUGUCCGGGGCGGCAACCACAUCGACGUCUCACAGAUAUUUGCUGAGCUGCGUGAACACAAUGUGAGGAUCAUCAUAGCCGACUUCUACGACUCUGCAGCACGGGCCGUCAUGUGCGAGGCGUACCGACAGAAAAUGACAGCCUACGAGGGUUAUGUGUGGUUCCUGCCGGCUUGGUACCCCGCCCUGUGGUGGGACGUGGACUACUACAACGGUGAACCCAAUCACAACGAGCCUGACCAGCAAGAGAACGUCCCCUGUAAUCGCAAACAGAUGGAGACGGCCAUAGAGGGUCACUUCAUCCUGUCCAAGGCCUACCCUGAGUCUGAUGAUAUGAAAGAAAGCAAGGUGGCCGGAGGAAUCACAGUCCGUCAAUACCGGGAGAUGUACCAGAACCGGGUGGAUAAGGCUGACGUGGAGGAGACCCCAUUUGCCAGCUUUGUGUAUGAUGCAGUGUGGGUGUUUGCCCAUGGGCUGGACCGUCUCUUUCGAAGCCAGCCCAGCGCCAUCAGCACUCUGCACGAGAAGGCCACUACACUGAAGCUAAUGGAAGCUCUUAAUGAAACUAGCUUCCAAGGAGUGUCGGGGCUUAUCAAGUUUAAUGGAAGUGAUCGUCUGGGUAACGUGACUCUGCUGCAGUUUUUCAACAAUGGGACCAAGGUGGUUGGCCAUUAUAAUCCCCACGUGUUGGAAGACGGUGGCUUGCUGGACAUUUACAAGAACAAGAUAAGAUGGCUGACCAGGGACGGUCACCAGCCGAGUGAUGGACACACAGUUCCUUCUGAAGAUUGUGCAAUCGAGCGGUUUCGGGCUGUCCUAGGUGUGACGUCGUGUGAGAUGGCAAUCAUCAUCGCCAACGUCAUGGGCUUUGUGGGGUUCAUCAUCAUCACCAUCAUCAGCCUCGUCAUCAUCAAGUGCAGAUACGAUGCGAAGGUGCGUGCAACACAUGAGCGUAUGAAGGAGCUUGGACUACUUUCACAGGACUACUCACACUGUCUCUCACUUGAUGACUGGGAGAUUCCCAAAGAAAACGUAGUCCUCAAUCGUAAGCUUGGUGAGGGUGCUUUUGGGACGGUUUAUGGAGGUGAAGCCAUCAUUGAAGGAACGCAGUGGGUGUCUGUGGCCGUCAAAACUUUGAAAGUUGGAGCUAUGGUUGAACAAAAGCUUGAUUUCUUCAGCGAGGCUGAUGUGAUGAAGAGGUUCACCCACCCCAACAUCGUGGAACUUCUGGCUGUGUGUACCCGUGGCGAGCCGAUGUACGCCGUCAUGGAGUACCUGCUGCAUGGUGACCUGAAGACAUACCUGUUGUCUCGCCGAAACCUGGUGGGUCAGAAUACACCUGAAGGGGAAGAUGUCAGUCCCCCCACUCUCACCAGAAUGGCGAGAGACGUAGCCAGUGGUCUUCAGUAUCUCCAUGAUCUCAAGUAUGUCCACAGGGAUCUUGCCUGCAGGAACUGUUUAGUUCAUGUCAACAAGACCGUGAAAAUCUCAGAUUUCGGAAUGACAAGGCACACAUUUGAUUCAGACUAUUACCGCUUUACUCGAAAAGGUAUGCUUCCAGUUCGCUGGAUGUCUCCAGAGAGUUUAGUAGACGGUAUCUUCACAUCCAAGUCGGAUGUGUGGAGUUUCGGUGUGCUCAUGUAUGAGAUUGUCACGUUCGGCAGCUUCCCAUAUCAAGGAUAUUCCAACAGCCAGGUGCUGGACUAUGUCAAGGUUGGCAACAGACUUGCCAUCCCAGACAAAUGCCCCAAAGAUCUGACUUUAUACAUCUAUGAGUGUAUGUCAUACCAGCCUAAGUCUCGACCAGACAUCACCCUGCUCAUCAGCCAUCUUGAAGAUAACCCAGAAUUCCUAGUUCCAUGUUUAGAUGCACCAAUGAGAAGUGUCGUUAUGGAGGACACCAACUCACUAGAGAUGGCGAUGCCGUCGGUUCAAAACUCCAUCACCCAUUCAACACCAGUAUCCUUCCUACAUAGACGCUCCGCAACUUCACAAGAGAAGUUAUCUCCCCUUCGCAAAACUCACGCAAGCCAAGGCUUCAAGUUCACUCCUCUUCGAAACACACGGACAUAUUUAUCAGCAGCGGAGAAAAAACUGAGACGAAACAGUGUAGGGACUCCACAAGCACUUCAUCGCGAGACCAUAUCGCUGACAGCAAACAUUGACUCCCCUCUUCUGAGAACUAAUUCUUUUCAGCGCCACCUACCAUCAGUGACUUGUAGUGAGCGAGGCGAGAAGGACAACAGCAGUGAUUAUUUCAGUGACACGUCCAAGGAGCUCUGUCAAACCAUCACGUCAGUUUGACGUUAACAUUCAAGGAGGCCAGCCAGACCUUCUUCAGUCUCUUGUUGAAAUGAAGCGCCUGUCAGUCUGAUAUGUAUGUGUCCAAGGACCUCUCUGAGGUUGGCUGUCUAUCUGAUGUUUCAACAGCCAAGGAUAUCUGCCAGUCUAGCUGUUCAACUGGUGUAGUCCUAGAAUCUCUGCCAAACAAUCACAUCAUGUUCAAGGCAUUCAUAGAAAUCUGCUAGAAUGUCCAUCUGUCAAGGAAUUCUGUCAGUCUGAUGUUGAAAUAUUCAAGGAGCUCGGCCAGACUAUCUGCCAGUCUGAUGGUAUCACCUCCAAGGGAGCGUUUAUGUAAGAGUGAAUAUUAUCCUACCCUGUUUUUUAUCCCGGGGAUGAAAUUCUCCAGUGUCAGGAUUAUUCUCCCGAGUGAAUUUGAACCCAUACCAG